AUGGACUUUCCCGGAGGCGCGACAACCAACAUACACCUUAUCAAUGGCUUCUCCACUAUCUAUUGGAGGAUCUAUACAGAGGAGUCUGGCAUUGCGAGUCACCCGCAAGAAGGACCGGCUAAUGGCUAUACUAUCCUAAAACACCUCGGUCGCCUCAAGCAUUUAGAGGCUCAACUGAGGAAUAUAGGCUGUCUGGCGUCCUGUCCUCGGCGACUAGGUCUCUGGGUGUUCUCUCCCACUCCUGUAUUCAGCAAGUUGAGUCCUGUAUACAUCAAAGAAGGUGAUGUAGAAACAACAAAAAUAUCCGUGGACACAACAACUCUUAAAGUCUCGGCAUCAGGAAGCAUUAAUUGCUCAGAGUUGAUUAGAGGCCUCUCCACAGAUGCUCAGAGCCAGCAAGCCACACAACCAGCUCCACAGCGGACACCGCAGGGCCAGAGCUCUGGACGUCGCUCUGAUGGAUACAGUAGCUCUGCCGCCAUAUACGCAGCAUUUAUUGCAGCAGUUACCGGCGCUUUGAGCCUUCACAUUGUUCAAAAACAUGGUGCUCUGCCCCUGGGGUCACGCACUCUCUUUACUCCCGUCAACAGCUUUGGCUACGAGGAUGCCAAGAUUGACAGCCAGAGCAUUUUCUCGUCCUCAAAAUUGACCACGCUGAACAUACAGCUCAACGGGCCUGGAACUUUGACUGUCUCCUUACAGACAACUGACCAGCCUGGUAUCACACGGUUGCAGGCCCCGGGAGACGACUCGGCAGAUCUGCUACGAAUGCAGCCCGGCACUGACAUUUGGCUCUGUCCCAAUGGAGCUAUUGCAAGACUUGCUGCUGUGGACGUCGCUUCCCCAUCUCUUCCUUCGCCGGGGCUCCAUGCCUCCGGCGAUCUAGUUGCGAAAAGAAGAAAUUGGAAGCUGGAUGUCAUCCGCUGGCUCAAAGAUUUUGGGCUUCAUGUUGGGGCGAUUGAAGAAGAGCCAUGGGUGGAGGUGGAGGUCUGGGAACCAUUUUUUGCAAGACUUGCAGGGGAAUCAAUGCGUCAAGGUGAUGAAAGUCAUCCCACACUUCCCUUAAAGCGGAUGCUCUGGCCUGCAAGAUUCUGCUUCCGAAGACGCAUGUCUUUGCAAAACUCUUUGGCCCCUGAGGCCUCUUCAAUUGAUCCUCUGGAUUUUGCAGAGACGUGGCUGUCAACGGCAGAUGCGUUGACAAAUCGCCCCGCCGGUCAAGAUGUGCAGACCAUCGAUGCCACUACGAAAAACGAAGAGAACUCUCCUCUAAUUGAUACCGGCGAUAAUUUGGAAAGUCUUUCUCGAAUGGCUCAGUACCCAGACUUCUCUGGUGCGAGUAUUGUUUACCCAACGCCACCUGAAGGUGCCACUACCCAUGGCAUCCACAAUCUGGCUGGCCACGGUAUUUCUCCAAGCGAUCCUAAUAUCUUGUCACCGGAGGUACCUCACGAGUCAAAAAGUCAGAAAAUGCCCGAAUUUUCACCAAAAAUCGACAUUGGAACAGGUCGCUAUGAUGCCAGCGACGAUGAUGAUCUAUUUGGCGAGAUGAACGAGAAAGACUUCGGGUCCAAAGGCAUCACCGAUGCAGAUUUCAGCUUUUUUGAUGAACCUGACCAGGAAAACAUGGUUGACGCGAUGGUCGUUGAACAGCCCCAAGAUGUGCCUGAAGAAUCCGUCACUUUCCUACCUGGCAAUGACGACCAAGAUAUUGGAGAGUCUCAUCAAGCCGCCUCCACAAAUGAGAUUCCCGAAGCAAUGGUAAUGAACCACGGCAGUCAACAUGAGCCUGUCUCUCAAAAUGUGAAAGAUGAUUUAACUCCAGCCGAUGGAGAUAUGAAACAAGAAUCAUCACGCCCGGUAUCUCCCCGCCCCUCAGGUCAGACGAUUAGCCCUCCGUUGAGUCCUGUGGAGAUCAAGAAAAUUCUUUUUUCGGGAUUGCGACCGAAUCAAGGGAGGAGCAAUCAGCAAGAUCCGGAACCAAGAAGCGACUACCAGCCCAUAGACUUUGAACAGAGGUUGAGUAGCUGGGAUCGAAAGUACAGGAAUAUGGGCAAGUUCUGGUUUUCAGUUGGAGGCCUGGGGAACGACGCGACUGGUGACUUGACAUCGAUUCCUACAGUGGGCAUGCCAAAGCUUACCCGCCACCAGCCGCUCAUCAAGCAUGAUCGAGGUCAUAAGAACGAUGUUGGCGAGUCGGGUGAAGAGGAUUCCACAGACUCUGCAGAGAACAGCAGUGAUGAAGAUGAGAGCGGCGACAUUGUUCCCGUUGAACCCCAGCCUGCCCCCGUCGCGCUGUCUCUCUUGAAGCGAAAGAGAGUUCCUUCGGACGCGGACGUUCAAUCGACCGCAUCUCCUGCAUCAUCAGCCACCCCUCUUGACGCAGGCGUCGGUCCCAAGGCAGAGAAUACCACUUUCCUGGGCAAUUUCUUGUCCAAUUUUUCCGACUGGAAUUACACGGGCUACUUUUCUCUACUUCAAAACCAGCAGUUUCCCGUCCUUCUCCGGCGCGAGGAGCAGAUCCCUAUCGCCCAGCUUCUUAUUGAUCAAGUGAUUCAAUCAUCAUUGAAACACUCGCUCUGCGAACAAGGGGAUGUAUUCGCCCUCGAGAACGAAGGGCCCUCAUUAGCUGAAUACCUUGAGGAUGUCAGCUUCUUAGGGGACAUUCAAAAGUUGGACCUGAGAGGGUACAGCUGUUUACAGGAAGAGGUGGUGCAAAGCUCAUCUCGUAAUCAAACAUCUUUCAAGGAUUCAAGCAGGGCCUCAAUCUCGAAACUACCAGCUCCACAUCUACGUGUCCGCCGUGGAAAAGGCUGGUUGGAGACACUACCCCCUGCCAUGUCUUUCUGGGAUACAUUCGGGCUUGAACCAGCGUUUGGUCCGAAAGACAUUACUGCGUACUGCAUCUACCCCAGAGCUCUGCGCCGGGUGGCCGACGCGUUUCUUGAACGAUUUGGACUUUCGUACGAGAGCUGCCACUUUGGCACUCACACUCGUGCUGACGGCUCUUUGGGCUUCGACAACGGUCUCAAGGCCUGGGAUCCUGAAUCACCGGGCUAUGCUGCCAUGAUGCAGUCUCUUCUUGCAAUUUGCGAAGAAAUGGCUCCAGGACUCGCCAAAGCGACGACCACAAGCAAACACAAUAGUGUUGUUUACAUCAUCAAUCCUUUCCCCUGUGCAGCAGCCCUCGCAGAUAUAUGUGCAGCUUUCUGGAAUCUCUUUCGGCAGAUGGUCUCCAACGUCGAUCAGCGGCAUGACAGGCGGGUCAACGAAGUGGUCCUCCAAAUCAUCCCCAGAGAAUUUAUCACCGAGCCAGACUCCAUGGCAGUGGCGACACAGAAUGACUACGUGAAUCUUGCGCUGGAGGUUUACAACCGAUGCCGUCCGAUGACCAUGGAGUCCAGUCCAUUCCAAUCCGCGCCGGCAAUUAUACUCGCCGACAACCUGCCCAAGUCUAUUCAAUUUCGUCUGGCUUCUGACAAAGUUUCGCCUUUGCAAGAAGGGCGCAGUCUCCACAUUGCGUGCUCAAAAAGCUGUGAUCAGCGAUGGGUGUCGGUUGCGUGGUGUGAUGGGACAGGGUCCCUUCAGACGAGUACUGCUUAUUGCCUGCGUUAUCGCAACCGAGGCUCUGCGAGGGCGAUCUCCGAAGUACGCAACGAGAUCUGGGCUACCACGAAGCAUUUGUUGGACAAAUUCCAGGGUCGCUGGAAGGUGGUGCUUGCUAGCACAGACGCGAUGGACCUAGAGGAGAUCGAAGGCGAGUUUUUGACCCAUACCCACCCUAUGACAAUCACGUUAUUUCCUCUAACAUACUUUACGAUCGUGGCCGUCAACAUCAUGUCCGACCUGGCCCUCGGUGCUCCCUUCUCCCCCAUGACCACGGGAGUUUUCAACAACCAAUUCUCAUCCACCCCCGUCACAACACCCAACCCCAAUACUACUAGUAUAGCCUCGCCCGACCAAAUGUGGAACGUGCCAACCCCUCAUGCGAUGUUCAAUCCAUCAACGCCCACUGAUCCUUCCCUUGAACCGGAAUCGGACGUGAUCCUCACCGACGUAUAUGAUGACUCUUGGGCGGUCAUCUUAUCUCAUCGCCUGAACGCCUCCCCUCAUAUCACCGAACUCCGGCCUGCAUUGGCCAGUGGGUAUCUCCUGCGGCGUAAAGGUGCAUUUGACAGCGACGGAGUCUUUGCGCUGACGACCAACCUCAUCUAUUCUCAACGACCUGCCGGCUCGCACGAGGUCCUCCUGGGCGAUGUCCUAGCCAUGUACCGGGACCUCGCAUCUCUUGCCCGUGCUCGCGGAAUGCGCAGUGUACGAGACAAUACGCUUCCUUGGCAUAUCGCCACUGCUCUUCGGGCGCAGGAGCUUCUCAGCUAUAUCUUUUGA